AUGAACAUCGCCACCGACGAAUUCGGAAACCCUUUUAUCAUCCUGCGGGAGCAGGAGGAGAAGAAGCGGCUGAAGGGGAUCGAGGCCCACAAGGCGAGGGCCAACAUUGUUGCUGCCAAGGCCGUGGCGGACUCCCUGCGCUCUUCCCUCGGCCCUAAAGGAAUGGACAAAAUCAUUGUGGGGCCCGACGGGGAAAUAACAGUGACAAAUGACGGGGCCACUAUUUUGGACAAGAUGCAGGUGAAGCACCAGUGCGCCAAGCUGCUAGUGGACCUCUCGCGAGCUCAAGAUGCAGAAAUUGGAGACGGCACGACGGGCGUCGUUAUCUUGGCCGGGAACUUGCUGUCGGAGGCGCUGCGGCUGAUGGAGAAGGGUUUGCAUCCGCUGCGGAUUGCCGACGGCUUCGAAGCUGCUGCGCAAAUCGCAGUCGAAACCCUCGAGAAGAUUGCCCUCGAAAAAGACCUCCUGGGCAGCGACAAACACAUCUU